AUGGGUCGCGGAGGGGAUUCAAGUCACCCAGCUGCCUGCCUGCAGCAGAUGCUGGAGCCUGUGGAUGCACAAGGCAAUGGGUUCAGAUCACUGUUCUUACUGCUGCUGGUCUUGCUGUCAGCCAGCAGUUCUGCCUAUGAGAAGGUGAUACAGCCUGGACUCAAGCCAGAAAGCCUCUUCAAGCGGUCAUAUGCUGGAUGCUUGACUCCAAAAGAGUCAAAAUUCCCUCAGACUGUGAGAGUCAACAUAAGCAUCAGCUCCACGAACCAGGAGACCAAAGUGACUCCUGAUGUCAGCAGCCGCUCCCUGUCUCCAUGGGAUUAUAGGAUAGAUGAGGACCACAACCGUUUCCCCCAUGUGAUUGCUGAUGCCACGUGCCGACACUUGCGGUGUGUGAAUUCGGAUGGGCAGCUAGACCACGGCCUCAACUCCUUCCCCAUCCAACAGGAGAUCCUUGUCCUCCGGAGGGAGCAGAAGGGCUGCCACCAAACAUACCGGCUGGAGAAGAAAACAAUCACUGUAGGAUGCACAUGUGUCACCCCCUUGAUCCGACACCAGGCUUAAAGGCAGCCAGCAGUGUAACAGCAGGGAACCAUGGAGAACAGCUUCCUUGCCUAACAGCACUGAAAUGAAGCGGCCUGAUUCAGUCUCUGCAAAACUGAAUUAAGAUAUAAUGAUUAAUUAGAAUCUAUCAGAAUACAUUAAAAUUUAAAAGAGUCUCAGUAAAAAAAAAAAAAAAAAAAAAAAAGAAGUCUUUCCCCCAAAAAUCUUGAACUCUAUGAAUUUGGUAUCCAGACACCUCCAUGUGACAGACUGACUGAAAAAGUAAUGGGUACUCUCUACAUAUCUUUAGCUUACACUUUUAAAUCUCUAUUAAUGUAAUUCUAUUUAAGCUGAUGGAAAAGUUAGCAAUAACCUAUUUGUUUAUUUAUCUUUGUGUAAUAAAAAACCAAGUAAAAUACUCUGUGUUAUUCUCCUUUCUUUCUAAAGAAGCCUUUUUGAUGAGGUAAGAAACCACCUAAUUCAAUUAUGACCAUACAAGGGCUCUGCGUGAUGCUAAAACCUAAAAUUCUCUUCAAAACCUCUAGCUCUGCUGCAGCAGAAUGUAAACCCCAUAGGAAAGCUAGAGCUUGUAUUAUUAAUACCCUUUUACUGAUAGAGAAACUAAGCUGUCUGAAGGAAAA